AUGGUCCGCAAAGAUUCGUCUUCCUCCGAGAUGAGGUACACCUGCGAUCAACCCGGCUGCACAAAGAGCUACUCUCGCCCUGAUCAUCUCCUUCGACACAAGCUCAACCACGACCAAGCUCGUGUACUUUGCUGCAAUCAGUGCGACCGAACCUUUGUUCGUCAGGACUUGCUCGUUCGGCAUCUCGAGAGACACGCAGCACGCGGCAAGACCCUCGGCAGAUGGUCCAACCGCGGCAAGGACGACAAUGAAGACGAUGUUGUUGAAGCUUCCGGCUCAUCUGUCUCGCACAACAAGUCCGGUGCUGCUCCCAACAAGAGACGCAAGUCUGCCGCAGCUUCCCAGACCGGUCGUCCGUCCAUCAGCAAUGUCAAUGCCAACUCGGACAGCGCUUCGGAAGAUGAAGACGACAACGACGACCAAGCCGAAUUCGGCGGUACAGACCACGCAAAGAGCGCGGCACCUCGCCAAUCUGAGCAUGGCUCAUCCUUACCGUGGUCAAGUGUCAACUCCAUUGGCGCGCCAGCCCCACGUGCCUCGACCUAUCAAACGGCCUCACAUCCCCAAGGCUCUCCUUGGACGACGCAUUCCUCCAUGCCGUCCUCGUCUUCGCGUCCAGCUCAUGACUUUCCUGCCCCGACCAUCGACUCCAGCAAUGAAGUCGGUUCUUUCGGACCUGGCUUCGAUGCUCAGCAUCUUGCCCCCUCGAACGCAGCGUCGUACCGCAAUGCGAGCAUAUGGGACGGAUCUCCUGCACAGCCCCACCUCCGCUCGGACACUGUAGUCAGCAGCAACGCAGGAGUCUCUUCGCAGCCGAGUGAACCCUUUCGUUGGAUGGCAAGCGAUCCUGCCUCAGGCAGCUAUGCACCCCCUCCUUCGUCUUCCUACAUGACCGCAUGGAACAACGGCACACAGAGCGCUGCGCCGGGCCUGGCUGCAUCUUUGACCGACAUUGACACCGGUCCGUCUGCUCGCCAGCCGUCCACGCUGCCUCCACCUAAUCAAGAUAUUUUCCCAUUUGCGCCGCCAGUGGUCGACCACACAGCCGACUUUGGCUGGCUCUUUGAUGGCGUUGAUCCAUUUGGUGGCACAAGUCAUGCCGGCAACGUAAGCCGAGCGCCCUACGCGAAUGUGCGAGGUCCCCAGUCUCAGACCUCGGCUUUCUCUCCGAGCAGCUCGGACGGUCUUGGUGGAUUCCUAGGCAACGUGCAUCCUUCGUCCAACGGCAUCACAGCAGGCAGCGGUGCUGGCGAUGCGUCCAGCUUCGGUCGCGGCAUGAGCUCAGACGGCAUCCUUCUAUCUGGAAGCGAAGUCGAGACGCCAAAUGCGCUGGAGGACCUCGCCUACUUUGCCACGCUUCAAGCUGACAUCCCGAGUCGCGUCACCUACCAUCUCGAUCCAGUCGCUCAUCACAGGCUUCUCAUCUUCCUCCAGUCGGUCAGCGAGCUCCCCAACUCGCCUCUCUUUACGCCUGCCGCUUUGAGGUGCUAUAUCUAUCUCUUUUUUGUCAAGUUCAAUCGGCUCUACCCUCUCAUUCACGAGCCAACAUUCGCAGCCAGCACCACUGAUCCCAUGCUGCUCAGCGCCAUCGUGGUCAUCGGCGCUCACUUUGCUGGUCUUCCUGCGCACGAGCUCGCUGUGCGCAUUGCUCAAAAGAUCUGGGGCGCCGUCGUUAGUCUCGAGGACUUUCGUCCAGCGCGCGCUACGCUGCCUAUGCUGCAAGCGCUGGUACUCACCGAAAGCUUUGGCAAAAUGAUGAGCACUCGACCUCAACACGAGAUGGCGCAUCUCUUCCACAACUUUAUCGUCACCCUUGCCCGCAGGAACGCCGUCUUCAAUGCCAGUGCGCCGAGUCCAAGCCAUUUCGACGAAUCCGAGGAAUCUUGGAGGAGUUGGGCCAGAGAAGAGGAGAAAAAGCGGAUCGCCCUCUUCGAGUUCAUGCUUGAUGCCCAGCAUGCCACCAUCUUUCGACACAUUCCUUCGCUCUCGGCUUUCCAAAUCCAGCUCAACCUUCCAUGCAGCGACGACGAGUGGAACAAGGCCACACCCGAAGCCUGGUACCGACAUCGCAAGCGUACAGGCUACAAGCCUCCUGGUCCGUUCAUUCCGGCGCUCAAAGCCUGCCUCAGCCCCGCCAAGACGCCGCAAGAGUUGGAUGCCUUUCCGCGCUUUGUGCUUUUGCACGGUCUGAUGAGCAUCGCCUACGACCUGCAAUGGAAGCAGAAUGUCUUGCUGGGCGCAGAGACCUCACCAGGAGGCAGCAAGGGGGGCGACAACAGCAUCAGCAACUGGAAGGAUCGGCUCUCGGCCGCUUACUCUUCUCUGCAGGCUCGCAUGGAUAUCGCCUACAUCAAAGCGGACGAAGAGUCCAGCACCCGCCUCAUCCAUCGUGCUACGCCGAGUCUUGUCACUGCAGCGCAGAUCGCGCUUUUUGCCGACAUCGUCGACAUUCAGAUUUAUGCCGGUCUCCCGUCGGUGCUCGGGCGCUUCAUCGAUCGUGCCACCUUCAAUACCUCGCGACGGUCUGUCAAGGAAUGGGCACGCACAUCUGAUGGGCGCACGGCGGUAUGGUACGCCGUCAACUUCUUGCGCACCUCAUUGCUUGGAACUGGCACCGAAUCUUACGGCACCAUCUCAACCUUCAGGAACAGUCCUGCCGUCUCUGCCGAUGAGCCUCACAAUACUGCGUCCUCUUACCCUGGGCUGCGCGAUCAAGACUCACGUUCCGCACACAUGGGCGGAUCUCCUGCGCGAAAGGACACCGACAAGGUCACCGGUCUCGACGAGGUUUUACAUCAUCGUUGGGCGCAAUAUACUUGUGCACUCGUUAUUUGGGCAUACGGACACGCGCAUUCCAACCCACGCGCUGGCGAGACCGGUCCAUCCGGUCACGCCGGCAGCGUCACCGACUCGACGCCCAACACUCGGCCCGGAUCAGCGCACCGUAACGGAGCCACCACUCUCAGCGCUUUGGCCGCCAGCUCGCCUGGCGCACUUCAACGCCACGUCUCGGCCGAACGCACGCAGAUCGGCACCGACAUCACCGACGCCUUUGCUCAUCGGCCGUCUCCUGCAACAUCACUCAAGCCGGAAGGCAUCGACUUCCUCGAGCGAAUGUCGACCAAGACUGCGGACGACAUCGCCCACGUCGAGUGCAAGUGCUACACCCGCGCGGUGCUCGAGAUGGUCGAGCGAGAGGUGAGGGCAUCGCGAUGGGAGCUCGGUCGUGAGGCGUCGGGGGUGCUGCGCAAGCUCAUUGCGAAUCACGCGCUUCCUGUCUGGGAUCGCGGGCCGGCUGCCGAUCAUGGAGAAGCAGCGUCGCGCAGGAACGACACGGCGCAACAGCAGAUCAGACCGGGCGCGCUCAAAAGGGAGGCAGACGAGGCUACGUCACCUGCACAACGGCAUGUCAUCUACUAA